UUUCAGAUCCAUUGCAUGAUUUUGAUACGUCUUCGGACGCAUCAGUUUUUGAUGGUUGUUUUUAUUUUGGCGGCUAAAUUCGCAUUUUGACAAUAACUGCACAACUUUUGCACAGAGAGAAGCAAAAAGAUGUCGACUCAGACGAAGGAAGAUUCUGUAACUGUCAAGAGGAAAAAGCCGAUGAUGAACGGGUGUCUAAAAUAUGUCUUCUCGGAACCGAACGCAGAAAAACCGGCUAAAAUACUAAAAGUAGACGUUGAUUACAAUUCGAGUGAAGAAUUUUUAUUUCCACAAUUUGACUCGAAAUCCACUAGAGAAGAAGAAAAUUUGAACAGGUUGUUGACUCCUGCGGAGCAACAUUGUGUGAACUCAAACUUAUAUCACAUUUCGAAAUUAAGAAGUGAAAUUAAUCCAAUUUUGUUACAGAGGAAUUUGCUUUACAGAAAACAAGCUAAAGAAUCUAAAUCUUUGAAAGGCAUGGAUAGUCGAAAAUCCUUAGAAGCAAUUUGCAAUGAGCUGACAUCACUGAACAAAGAAAUAGAAAACUCUGUACAUCAAGUUGUGUUCCGAAUAUCAUAUCAUGGUUUAGACUUCAAGCAAAGUAAAGAUAAGCUUAUGACUUCGCAUAGAAACGGUUACGGGUCCGCGAUUCGUAACUUAGAAGAGCACCUACAAAGCGGACAACUAGAACUUGAACUAGUUAAAAGGCGGUUCAAAACAGUUACAACUGUUGGCUCGCUGAAGUUUUCCUUAAAUGGAAGUAGUUUGUCAACAAAUGGAUAUGCAAGGCGUCUUACAAUACCUGCCAAAAUAUCGAUUCCCCUUGAAAAGCUUGGAAAUAAUCAUUCUGAGAUGCCAGGUGUUUUUUCUACUGAAGAUGCAUUGAAAAUCACUCUAAUACUUUUUUCGACAGCUUCAAGUGAAAGUGGAAAGUCGAGUCAAAGAAACGGUAAACUAUCUGGAGGUUAUAAUAAUUCUAAAUUUAUAUGGGAGCUACCGCUUGGUAGUUUGGUAGACUUAGAGAAAAGCAACGAUAUGGACCUGGAGCUUCACUUAAACAGCGCUUCGUUUUAUUCUUCCGCGAACUCUAAAGGUUUUUGUUCGCCUUCGAAGAAGAAUCCAAAGCUUAGUUUUGACGACCAAGAAUUGCCAUUUGCUGCUUUAAAACUCAACUCAGUAACCGAGUUCGUGCCUUCAAGCUCAAACCCAGGGCCCUGGAUAAAAUCUUUAGUCGAAUCACCUGUCAAAAAUCCAGCCCAACGGAAUUCGUCGAAACGGAGAAAAUCAACGUCUAGGUCUCCCAGUAGAUCGAGAAAUACAGGAUGUAUAGAGAAUUCAACAGAAACACAGUCCUCACGAGCUUCACCCGUACGGAGAACGUCUCCAAGACUAGCUGGGCAUUCUCCUGGAUCGAGGAUUGUAGAAAAACCAACAUUGUCUUCUAAUUGUCAACAAUCUCCGAAAACUACUAGAAGCAGUGAGUCAAUUGUAUCCAGUAGUUUCUCGUCUGAAGUUGAAUCGGAUAGCCAGAAAGCGUCGGCAAAAAUAUCAAAAAACAAACAAUCGCCGGCAAGUGUUUCCAAGAGAAUGCCACCUAGGAGAUUUAGUCCUAGAUCUCGUGCUGGUUCAACUGGUUCAAUUGAUAGCUCGUCUUUUAUUAAACCGAUAGUUCGACCUUGGGAAGCAAAUAGCCGCAUGCUUUCUACAAAAACGUCUCUGGUUAAAAAUGGAAAGCGUUCUCCUGAUCAAUGUCAAUGGAGUUUGCCUCAAAACGACCCCCAUAGUUCUCCAGCUUCUCGACAUUCAGCGAUUAGAUCUGAUGCAGCGCUCAUUGAUUCGGAUGUUUUUAUGGAAAGAAAGAGUCCUAAAUCUGACAAGCAUAGAUCGAAAAAUUCUGCUGGCAGGCCACAGGCGAGCUUAAAACAUCAAUCUGAAUUUGGGAAAGAACGAGACAAGUUAUCACCUGCUGGACAACCACAGGCUUCCAUGGUUCUGAAUAAUAGAGUUCUUUCUCCAGAGUCGAGAAAAUCACCUGGCAAGAAGUCACCAAGAAUUAGAACGAAAAGUUUACACGAAAUUGCGGGUAGCACAGAAACCGAUGUUUGGAAUGGAAGCACAAAUACAACGCCUCCACAUUUUGUUUCGGAUUCUGCUGUCAGAAACUUUGGCGGCACAUCUACUCCUGAUCAAAGUAUUUCGCCCUCGAAAUCAAAAAGUAUUGAACAAACUGAAGUCAAAAUGGAAUGUGACUCAAGUAUUGAGAGAUGUACCGAGGAGUGUUUGGUGAAAUACGUAUUUGUAAUAGGUUGCAAAACUUUCUACUUAGACUCGGGCGUAAUCUCGUGUAUUUGGUGCAAAAAAGAGCAAUAUUCCAUUGACAACCUUUUGUUACACUAUUCCACUUUCCAUCAAUCGUACAUAUUCGAAAAAUCAGGUAGUUCAACAACUAGUGCACUUAUUUUGGUAAAUUUGGCGGAUUGUCGACCUAAUCAAAAGGUCGAGGGGAAGAAUUUCGUCUUCAUCAAAAGGAAAAAUAAAGGCUCCGAAACAGUAGACGCGGAAACGGCGCUAAGGUUGUCUUGUGCAGUGUUUGAGAGAAAUGGAAAUAUGCUGACAACUAAUGUGGAUUUCGCCAAUAGUAAAACAGGUAUGUACUUGCCAGCGUAUCAGCAAACAACAGAUUCGGACGAGGAAGAAGCAAAUGUGAACUGGCAACAAAUGCACCAGAGAAGAUUGGUGGAAGAGUUCUGUGACGUCACGUAUGAGGAGAAACUACUUAUGAAUAUGUGGAAUGAGCACCGGAUGAAAUAUAGCCAUGUCUCAGGGAAUAAUCAAGUGCAGUGUCUUCUUCGCUCUUUUCUCAGGGACUGUAUAGGAUCAAUGGCUUUCUCUCAACUGACCUCCCCUUUCCUAGACUGUCUUCUCCUCCACAUCCUCAGUCUCUACAACUUCCACUGCAUCUCUCUUCUACAGUUACAACAGACUACCACUAUUGUACAGUGCCUCAGGGCUGAUCCAAUCACUUUCCUACCUCUCAUAUCCUCACACACCGCAAAUCAGCAACCGCCAUCAAAUUUAAACUGACACCAACCUUUGUUCCGAACAACAGCGCUUACUCGACUGAGCAAUUUUGAUCCAAGUGAUUCGAUAAAGUUAAAACUACUUUCUACUUGCAUGAUUUGCAUAUCCACAUGCGUCGCAAAUCAUCAACUUGAAACUGACGAUCCACGUAAAGUAACGACAAUCGUGAAAUGAGCCGUAGGAACAACCAGCACUCAAACUGGCUAAUUUAGAUCUAAGCUUACUCGAUGAAGAUCGAACUACUACCCACUUAUCAUAUCUGGAAGCAGCACAAUUCCUCAACUACCAUUUGAUAGGACCAUUUUGCUCCUAAUUCCAACUGCCUUUAGUCAACUGAAUAAUUGUCAAGAAUGGAUCAAAGUGACUCGAUGAAGUUUACGAUUCCUGUCGACUUAUCACGAUUCCUCAUCCAUCCACUAAAUGAGAAUUAACGACAAAUGUGGAUUGAAUCUCACACUAGGCCUAAAGUCAACUGUGUAAUUUAGAUCAAUUAUUGUGAAUUGGCGGAUUUAUUUCCACAAUUUUGAUACCUAGACAAAUCAAAUGUUAAGGCCAAAUGUUACUUUGAAACCGACGUUCAGAGUCGACUGACAGAACUACUGGCAUGUGAUAAUAUGCACGAAGUGACUCGAAACGAAAACUUUUAAAGUACUUCCCUAUCUUCAUGACGCCACGCCUCCUCAACCUUAGCAACCUUGCCAAGCAGCAGUAAUUUGUUUCAAAUGCCAGCGCCGAAAAAUAUUUGAUUGCAAAAAAAUUGAUCAAAGUGAAGAUCGAUUAGUUUCCUGCCGUUCAUAUCUAAAUAGCUAGUAAAAAACCUCCUUAAAAAUGAGUGGUUAAGAGUAAAUUUUCUCAACAAAUAUGCUUAAGCUAACAUGGCCAUUUUGCUUUUAUUAUAAGCUCUGUGAUACACGACG